AUAAAAUAAUGUAUGAUAUUGUGUAACAAUAUUCUAAUAUUGUUUUUAUCAUGACCCUAAAAUCUAUUUGGGUUGACUACUGUGAAAAUGGUUCAAUACAUGGGUUGAGGCACAUUAUUCAGAAAAACGAAACACCAUGGAAGAGAUUAAUGUGGAUACUGUUGCUGAUUGUCGCAAGCAUAGCUAUAGUAGUUUUGGUUUCAGCAUCUUGGGAGAAGUAUUCUUACUCUUCAAUGGAAAUCGCUGUUGAUGAUCCUCAUUAUCCACUCACCAAGAUUGAUUUUCCUGCUGUUACUAUUUGUCCUAUCAGCAAAAUCAUAUAUUCAAAGGCUCUCAAAUUAGUGCUUAAUAAACACUCCAACGAUUCUGACUUGAGAACUAGGUGGACGAAUUCGUUAAUGGCACUUUCAAGAAUGCAAUUCCCACACAACACAAAUUUAUAUUAUAUUCUUAAAAAUAUUCCCACGAUCAAAAUACCUUUGGACGAUAUAUCUGAUCUCAUGUUAAAAUUGGCACCAUCCAUCGAAGAUAUAUUUAUAAAAUGCUUUUGGAGAGGAGUGACGUACAAAUGCAAGGAUAUCCUGCGGUUUCAACGUACAGAACAAGGGUUUUGUUAUUCAUUCAAUAGCCAAACAGCCGAGAGGAGUACAAACAACGAAAGCAAUAUUCACCCACCAUUUGAUGGACGAGAUGGAAUACUCAUUCCACUUCGGAACAAUGCCGCGGGCAAACAUACCGGACUAAAAUUAAUCAUGAAGAAUAUGAGCAAUGAAUUUUUUCCAACCGACUACCGUAGGAGAGGCUUUAACGUGUUGGUACAUCCUCCCGAUGGUGCUCCGGACGUGGCGUCUGCCUACAAGGUCCAUGCAGUACGCGAUCGCAUCACGCAGAUAUCGGUAAGCGUGGCCCAGGUAGAGGCAGAUGAUUCACUCAACCGUCUUGACGAUUGGAAUGGCCAGUGUUAUUUGUACAAAACAAAGGCAAAAAAUCUCAGCUCACUGCUUCACAAGAGCAGCAAUGAAGACACGUGCUUCAUCAAGUGUAGGAUGAAGGCCAUCCACGAGGCAUGCAACUGUACACAGUACUUUUUCAAAUUGUACCAAGGCCUUGGAAGUCAUUGUGGAAUUGAACACAUACCUUGUUUGAUUGAGAACGAUGUACUUCAACGAAACGCCAAAGUCACGGAAGACGAACCAGGGUUUCCAGAAUGGAGCAUACCAUUUUCCAUGCAUUGUGAUUGCAGACCGCCUUGUUCAUUUAUUACGUAUACGACCGAGCUCAGGUAUGAAAUUAGACAAUUUAUUAAUAAAGAACCGUUGUCCUCGAGAUACGAUGUAUUCCUAGAAGUAAAUUACAGAGAACUAUAUGCUACAAGCUAUCGUCGAUCCAUGAGAUAUACCACUCAAGACUUGUUGGUGUCGUUUGGUGGAGUGGCCAGUCUAUUCCUUGGUUGCAGUCUAGUCAGUAUAUUGGAAAUCCUUUACAUCAUCUACAAGUCAUUCUUGGUUCUUGUGCGAAAACAUUACAACAAAUACGAGUUAAACAACAACGCAUUUUGA